UCCAAUUGGUGUGAAGAGGCUCUGACUGUGAAACAGCAUUGGACGAUGGCACACCACGCUGAUUAUUCGUCCUUCUCGAGCUCUGAUCGCGCAGAGACUCUGGGGCACUUGUUGGAGUCGUACAAGGCCCUCAGCGAUGGCCAGGACAACUGGGUAUGCAAUCUGUCGAAUGCCUCGUCUCUACUAUGGCACGCUUACCAUUCGCUAAACGUCAAUGUCAAUUGGACUGGGUUCUAUGUUCUGGAUCCCAAGGACCAUGCGCAGCUGAUUCUGGGUCCUUUCCAGGGGAAGGUUGCGUGCCAAACCAUUAGUUUCGGUAAAGGUGUGUGUGGUACAGCAGCCAGCUCUAGAGAGACACAAGUGGUUGCCAAUGUUGAAGAGUUCCCAGGGCAUAUCGCAUGCGACGGGGAAACCAAGUCGGAGAUUGUCGUUCCUCUGGUCAAGGAAGGUCAGACGAUUGGUGUCAUUGACCUUGACUGUCUCGAUUUGGAUGGAUUUUCGGAGGUUGACAAGCAACUGCUUGAAGAGUUGGCAGAAUUGAUAGUGCGCACCAACAGCUGGGCUUAAGCUCCAGAGCAUCCGUUUCUAACUUACCAAAAAAGCAGUCCAUCCAGCCGCAAAUCAUUACAAUGUACAUAGAGAAAGGUGGUCAUCUUGGCUGCUGUACAAGCUGUGCAACCAAAAGACGAAAAGCUCGAAACAAAAGGGGGAA